AUGUCCAAGGGGGAUUAUCCUUCUUCUCUGGCGGACUCGCAAGGGCCCGUAGCCAAAAUGGACCAGGACACAACAGAUUACUCAUCUGAUCGCCCGUCGACGGCUCAGCAACUCGACCCCGAAAAAGGCGCCGGAGCCGCUCUGUCAACCGAUGCUACGCAACCGCCGCCUCCAGGAAGCGAUGCGCCGGACGGCGGUCUGGUAGCAUGGCUAGUCGUGCUAGGAGCGUGGGCGACGUCGUUCUGCAGCUUCGGCUGGGUGAACAGUGUGGGGGCUUUCCAGGAGUACUACCAGAACGACCUGCUCCCCAACUACUCGCCGAGCACCAUUUCAUGGAUCCCUUCCCUUCAGAUCUUUUUCAUGAUGGGCCUGGGGCCCCUCGUCGGCCACAUAUACGACCACUAUGGCCCUCGCUGGCUGCUCUUUGGCGGCACAAUCCUACACGUCUUCGGCCUCAUGAUGACAUCCCUUGCGACGAAGUACUGGCAGAUCCUUCUUGCCCAGGGAAUCUGCUCCGCCAUUGGAGUUGCGGCAAUUCUAUCGCCUGGGCUGAGCGUUAUUCAUGGCUGGUUUAAUCGCAACCGUGGCGCCGCCUUUGGCGUGCUUUCCACAGGGUCCAGCCUUGGCGGUGUCAUCUUUCCCAUCAUGGUGACACGGGUGAUCAAAACCCUCGGCUUCCCUUGGGCGAUGCGCAUCUGUGCCUUCAUUAUCCUUGCCCUGCUCAUCAUCGCCAACCUCACCAUCAAGGCAUUCCAUCCGCCCCGCCCGCAGAAGCUCAGUCGGGGGCAGCUUCUGGCCCCCUUGAAGGAGUUCGAGUUCGCGUGCGUUAUCAUCGGCUUCUUCCUCUUCACCUACGGCAUCUUUGUUCCCAUCAACUACAUCCAGGUGCAGGCACUCGAUGCCGGCAUGGACCCCAACUUGGCUCAAUACCUCGUCUCCAUGCUCAACGCGGGAAGUUUGUUCGGACGCAUUACCUCGGGUAUCCUGGGCGACAAGAUUGGGAGGUACAACAUCUUUGUCCUGGUGGGUUUCCUCACCCCCAUUUGGAUGCUUGCGCUCUGGAUCCCUGCCAAGACGGACGGCGCCAUCAUCGCGUUUGCCGUGCUCUUCGGCUUCUGCUCCGGCGCGUAUGUGUCCCUCAUCGCGCCCCUGAUCGCGCAGAUCUCGCCAAUACAGGAAAUUGGCUUCCGGACGGGCAUCGCGUUCUUGGCCAACGCCAUUGCCGGUCUGACGACGAACCCAAUCAACGGCGCCAUCCUGUCCGGAUCUGGUGGCUGGGUUGGUAUCAAGAUUUUUUCAGGAGUUUUCUGCUUGGCGGGUACAGCGUUCAUCCUCGCAGCAAGAGUUCGUCGGACAGGUUGGAAGUUGAUGGCCGCGUUUUGA